GGUUAUUUGAGCUAAUUCCCACAAAGUAAAGUGCCCUCGUUUUUUUAAGUUAGAGAAGGGGCAACAAAACCUCCAAAUUUCAUAAAUAAAUUUUCGAGAUCGGAACACAGAGAAAGAAUUCAAUGGCCCAAGGAGCAGAGUGAUCAUUCCAGUUCCCUGCUUCACCAUUCGUACCAUAAAAUAAACCCUAGCUUUUGAAUUUUUCGUUCACCGGCAGCAUAAUCACGUGUUUGGUUCCGAUACGUGUUUAAGGCAUUGAGUUGAUAAUGGAAGAAUCCGAGAAAAGAAAAGAAAGGCUAAAGGUAAUGCGGAUGGAAGCUUCCCAGACGGGAGCUUAUGCCGACUCCAAGAGUCCAGGGUCGGCAUAUGGAGCCCUUUUGAACCCUUUGAUUGAAAAUGAAACAGCCACUGCCUCUCCAAAUCAGCACAAUUUGCCUAGGUUCGGUUAUUACACGGACCCCAUGGCAGCAUUCUCCGGAAGUAAAAGGAGGAACGACAUGUCUCCUCAGGUUUUUCAUGGACAUCACAACACACCCCCAAGGCUGUUCUAUCAAGGCACGAUCCCAAACCCAGAGUACAAUUAUCAUCCACCGGUGACCUUUCCAGGUCCUGGGCCACUCAACCCUUACCCACCCAGAGCCCAAUUCAAUCAUGGGCCUCCCUUGGGCCCAACUAGCCCCUUAAGCAGACCCCAGCAAUAUCCCCCAACACCUUGGGCCCCGCCAGGUGGAGGCGCCUAUAAUAACCAGAACUUUCACCCUCGGCCCAAUUUCCCAAGAGGCGGUAAUUUUACCAGCCCAAGCCCAAGACCAACGAAUUCCAACCACUAUAACCCGGGACGCGGGAGAGGAAUGGGCCCGGAUUCUGGGCCGAGUUUUUCCAGGCGAGGAGUGGGCCCGCAUGAUUUCAUCUCGGCUGAACAACGGCCAGAUUUGUAUUACAGGAAGGAAAUGGUUGAGGAUCCUUGGCGGUUUUUGAGUCCCGUUGUUUGGAAGAGUGGUGAGGUAUGUGCUCGUGAUUCGGGUCAAUCGUGGCUCCCGAAAUCAAUUUCUAUGAAGAAAUCGAAAGCUUCGCCAGGGGGCCCACAGGGGUCGAUCUCUCAGCAGAGCUUGGCCGAGUAUCUGGCAGAGACCUUCAAUGACUCUACCGAUUGAGGUUUUUGUUGAAAUGGGGAGAAACUAGAGGGGUGUAAUUAAUGGAAAUUUUUUUCUCAGUUGCAAAUGGAUAGAUAUCAUUUGGGCUUGUAUUUUCAGAUUGUUUGCUGUGUUCGAAUUUCACAAGUAUGCAUUUUAAUUUCGAAAAACAUAAUGAAUUGGCGGCCCAUCUAUGAUUUUUACACAAAA